CCCAAGAACCAGCAACUAACAGAAAGAAUGAAUUUAUCUCUUUACGCUGUUAAUGCGUUUUUGAUUUUGGACAGUACGGGAAAGCGAAUAUUCGCCAAAUACUAUAGUCCUCCUCACACAAAGGAAGGAGAAGGUUCCAUAUUCCAGUCAGUCAAAGAAGAAAAGACUUUCGAGAAAGGAUUAUUCGAGAAAACAUGGAAGACUCAAAAUGAUAUUUCAACUUAUGAUGGCAAGCUUGUCGUAAUGCUGACGGUGAUGGAUGUGGCAUUUUAUAUUGUAGGCGGAAUGGAAGAAAACGAAAUUAUGCUUUACGAAUGUCUACGGUCAAUUCGUGACGCUUUAGAACUGAUUUACAAAUAUAUUCCCGAUAAAAGAACGAUCCUUGACAAUUAUGAUCAACUCUUGAUUGUUGUAGACGAAACAAUUGACGAUGGUAUCAUUUUAGAGUCCGAGCCUGCUAUUAUUGCUUCUCGUGUUACCAAGGGCCCUGUUUCCGAGGCUCAGGCCAUUGUUUCUGACUUCAAAGAAAUGGGAUUCAUGAGUGGAUUGCAGAAAGCUCGCGACAAGUUUGCCGAGACUAUUCUGAAAGGUUCUUUUUGAAGCAUUUCUAUGUUUCGUUUCUUCGACUAUGCAUGAUAAAAAAUUCCUAUCAUUUCAUUUUAUUUAUAAUAUUAUAAAAUGAUGGCUGAACAUGGGAGGAUUUUGUGUAUGAUUUGCGCUUCAUUCUUUUGUUUACUUUUUAAUUCUCAUCGAUCCCGGAGGAACUCUAGCAUAUGUCAUCGCUCCAUUUUUCUGUCGAGUGUUUUGUAAUGCCUUAAUAUUAUUUUCAUCGCUUCCUGACUGUUGACCAGCUCGUUAACCUUCAUAAGAAGCGUAUUGACAUCUUUACCGGUUCCUUAUCCUAACUAGCUUAUAUUUCAUGCGGUUUCCUCGUCUUUCCUUAAUUUGUCUUACUUCUUUCGCAUAUAUCUAGACAUGUCGAAAUUGAAGACCAUAAACGUUUACAAGCUACAUUUCGCUUGUGUAUCAGUUCUUGGUUUGAUACGAAUAUAAUAAAACGACUGUACAGUACAUAUUUUAACGAGGCAAAGUAAUGGAAAAUAGAACGCAAAAUUCCUCCAUAUCCACAAUGGGAUAAACCUCGUCUGCAGGGUUUUAGUAUUACAACUUUCGUACUACUUUCCACUACAGGACUUAAUAUAGGCAAAUCAAGACAGCAAUAGUUACCCGCUAACAUUCCAGCAUCUCUACUACUUACGGUUACUUACUAGCUCAUUACGAAACCCUCAAAUUUUUUCCAGUAGAAUGUUUCCAUUCAUUUUAUUACUCCAAUUUACAAGAAUACAAAAGACGAAGUUUAGUACUU